AUGUCUGUGGUUCAAAUGUUUGAGGCGACCAAAAUGUCGGCCAUUACCCGUCUUAAGAUUAUUUGCAACGAAAGAGGUAAUCACUCCCACUAUUGUUUGAGUACGUCUCUUGAACUGCAGGUGAAGACCAGAUUUAGAUGCCGCGAAGAGAAUUUAAUCCAACAUCCAUACACGAAUGUGGUUGGGAUAAGACACAGAAGAAAAUCUCGACCACAAUACGAAACCCACACCAAUGACCUCUCUCGCCCUCCCUUCUUCUUCGUUCACAUCACACUCAGUCUGAGCCCAGGUUCCCAAUGUGUUCGCAACUUAGUUACCACCAGCGGGGAUACCACACCACUUAUAAAUCUUCCAAUUAGCCUCCCAGCCUGCGUUUCGAGACGACUCCGUGGUGCGCUGGCAAUAGAAAGCCACAGCAUCACCACGCUUGAAGUAAGUGGUCCUCUGGAUUCCGCCAUUGCCGCAAGUAUUUCGGAGUGCAGAGCUCGCGGUGUCGGUCCCACGCCCUGUUACCCAGGUCUUAUGGCUAAAGCUACUACUCUUGCUUCGGGAUUUCCCAAGUACGAUAUUCCAUUCGCCGCUGGAGAGAAUUUCUUCUUGACAGAGUGUGAAGGUAGAAGUCAAGAUGGUGGUCUUUUCAAUUCGCCCUUUGUAGUCCACUGGAAGAUAUUUUCUCUCCAUUUUGUCGCCGCAAAGCGUAGGUUAGUCGUAGUGUUUGAAACCCCACAUGAUCGGAUUCUAGUGUCAGAAUUGUGCUCACUAGAGGAGCUAAGGAAUACAGCGGAAAGAGCAAUUAAACGAAUGGCGAUUUAUCAAUUGCCACAGAUCCCGACCGAAACAAAGAUGGUUCACGGUGCUAUUAUAGUUAACUGCCAUACUUCACUGGCCUCUUUCAAUAUUAAGGCUGAGAGAAAGAAUUACAUAUACCUCUUGUAUAUAAAACCAUCCUCCUUAGGAUUCUAUCAUGCAGCUACACACAGCAAAGGAAUGCGGCCUCCUCUAGCUAUCUCCUUGCUGAGGUGUACCAUGCUGACUCUUCUAAACGUUAAGGAGCACAUAAAUGAUGCCCUAUUAAACGUAGGGAUAGCCUCUACGAUUAAUUGGGCUAAUAUAUUCUGCGUUAAAUCGCACUUAGACAGGCUAGGAUAUCACACGACCAUAUAUGUUAGCAUCUAA